CACGACCUGGUCACCCAACAGACUCCUCUUUUUCCUAAAAGUUUGGUGACAAAAAAGAGACGAACUCCCAAGUUAACUCUCUUCUUUUUCCUCCUUCUUCCAGGCGGCCGCACAGCAUGGUCUAGCAGCGUGAGCAUCCAGGGAUCGAGCUUCUCAGCCCGCUACUUCUAUGCUGGAGAAUACAUCAACAACGCCAAAGAGGACGCAGCCGAAGUGGCCUUUACCCAGCUGAACUCGCAGCCUCGGUUGGCUACCGCCCUGCCGGGACAGCUAUAUGCGCAGCAAAAGUAG